UCUCCCGCAUGUUUUCUCCAAUUUAUCUUCACUGCUAAAUCCGCUCGGAACGAGGUGACUCGGUCACCUACUCUGACUCAGCUGAGUUCAGCAUAACAUUAAGUCAAAACAAAUAAAAAUGGCAGCAUUUGUAUCCCACUCAUUUCCAAGUGCGACACUAGUAAAAUCUUCUCCAUCUCCAAAUCAUUCUUCUUCCUCUUACAGGGUCAAAAUGUCGUCCUCAUCCAGUCCUGCGCUGCCUCCUCUCCCUGAAAAUCGCGUUGUUUUGGGUUGCGGAGCAGUGUCGGUUGAUUUUUUGGCAGCAGUGGCUUCUUAUCCGAAGCCUGAUGAUAAGCUUAGAAGCACCAGCGCCAAGAUUCAAGGAGGUGGAAAUGCGGGAAAUGCGUUAACUUGUGCAGCUCGUUUGGGGUUAAAUCCAAGGCUGAUUUCAAAGGUUGCUGAUGACUCUCAAGGAAAAGGAAUAUUGGAUGAACUAGAGGCUGAUGGUGUUGAUUCAUCGUUUAUUGUGGUCUCUAAAGGGGGCAAUUCACCAUUCAGUUAUAUAAUUGUUGACGAUGAAACGAAAACUCGAACUUGUAUUCACACUCCAGGAUACCCUCCCAUGAUACCUGAUGAUCUAACAAACUCGAAAUUGUUAGCUUCAUUGGAUGGAGCAAAACUAGUCUAUUUUGAUGGAAGACUACAUGAAACUGCUCUAGUUGUAGCUCAGGAGGCAACUCGCAGAGGCAUUCCUAUUCUAAUUGAUGCAGAAAGGAAGAGGGAAGGGCUGGAUGAUCUUUUGAGUUUAUCUAGCUAUGCUAUAUGCUCAGCAAAAUUUCCACAGGCUUGGACCGAGGCUCCGUCUGUCCCUAGCGCACUUGUAUCCAUGCUUUUAAAAUUGCCAAGUAUCAAGUUUGUGAUUGUCACAUUAGGUGAAGAGGGCUGUCUAAUGCUAGAGAGGUGUGUGAGUGAAAAUGUUCAUUCUGAAGAAGUGGAUGUGGAUGAUUUAUUGGAGAUGCUGAAGGACAAAAAGGAUAAUAACACAACCAUACCUAUAUGCAUACCAUCGGGUGUGGCAAAAUUGCAUGCUAAAGGGAUAGGAACUGUCACUGGCAGGAUGCUUUUGGGAACAGCUGAGAAAAUCCCACCCUCAGAACUUGUCGAUACAACUGGUGCUGGUGAUUCGUUCAUUGGAGCAGUUGUUUAUGCUAUUUGUGCCAACAUGCCUCCAGAAAAGAUGUUGCCUUUUGCUGCUCAAGUGGCUGCAAUUGGUUGCAGAUCUUUGGGAGCCAGAACGGGCCUUCCACAUCGCUCAGACCCUCGCUUGAUGCCUUUUUUACAGUAGAGGUCCCAAGUGAUGGCAUUGAUGCAAUGGGUGAGACAAACUCGAUAUCUUGUCAUCGACUUGGUCUUUUUCUCCUCGUGUUUUUUAUGGGUUUCUUUUGGAUCGAUAUCCUGAUUCUUUUGUUACAGUACUUGUCUUACGAACAAUAUUUACUUCUUCGUAAUUUUGAAUCCUUGCCUUUUCUAGAGUAGAAAAUACCCAGGCUUUCGCUCGAUCAGAUCUGACUGUUGAGCUUUGCCAAAGAUGUUUGAACCUUUUCAGAAUUUUGUAUUUCUGAUAUCAAAAACUUACUUUUGUAAAAGUAGUUUUAA